CAGAACGGUCCAACAGCAGCGCUGGAUUGCGCCUGAUGUUUGGAGUGCAGCUCUGAACUGUGCCGGUGGCAGCAGAGGGAAAACCCCAUCCGCAUCCUGGAGAGUCGGUCGGUGCGUCUCUCUCUGCCGGAGCAUCCAUUGACGGAGAUUCCAGAGAGAAGCGCGGAGCUCUCCGCUCCUCCGGAGUCCCUCAGUGUCUGCGGGGAGAAGGCUGCUUUUCCCGCAGCACUGACACGGACAGCCGGUCAUAACGGGACUGUUCAUCGAGAGGUCGGAAAAGCAGGUCGAGCGCGACUGAGCGUCUGAAAACAGAGGGAUUCACCGUCCGCGGCUCUGAAUACCCGACGGUUUAAGUUUUCCUGGAAGUUGCGCUGUCUGCAAACAUCAUCAUGGGAAUAAGCGGCUGUCUUGCGGUUCCUGGGAGAUGCGUUGUGGUCCUCGGACUUAGACUUCUGCUGCUUGUCCCCGCAGGAGUUCCGGUGAGGAGCGGGGACUCUGUGCUGAAGGACAACAUCGCCGUGAGACAGGGGGACAGCGCCGUCCUCAAAUGCAGUGUUGACAGUAAAGUCUCAAGAGUGGCCUGGCUCAAUCGUACCACAAUUCUAUUCGCAGGGAAAGAGAAGUGGUCUUUGGAUCCACGUGUCAUCCUGUUGGAAAACACAGCAGUCACGGAGUACAGCAUCAAGAUCCAAAAUGUUAACGUUCAUGAUGAAGGACCCUACGUUUGCUCCAUUCUCACAAACAAGAAACCAAAAUCCACAAAAGUGCAUCUUUUUGUUCAAGUACCUGCCAGGAUCACUAAUAUAACAAAGGAUGUCACAGUGAAUGAGGGCCGCAGCAUCAGUCUUAUCUGCCUGGCAGUCGGUCGACCUGAGGCCAGUGUUGUGUGGAGACAUCAUUCACCAAGAGGCAUAUACACAUUCGUGGCAGAAGGGCAACAUCUGGAGUUGGCAGAAAUCACCAAGGAGCAGUCAGGAUCAUAUGAAUGCAUCGCCUCGAAUGACAUCUCAGACCCAGAUAUCAGGACAGUGCAAGUCACAGUCAACUAUCCUCCAUUCAUUUCAAAAGCAAGAAGCACAGGUACUUCAGUUGGCCAGAAAGGAGUCUUGCAGUGUGAAGCCUCAGCUGUCCCAAGACCAGAUUUUGAGUGGUACAAAGAAGACCGCAGGUUGCUGGAGCCUGUCCCAACCACUGAAGGGCAUAGGCUUUUCAAUGGACUGAAUGGGGUAAAGAUAGAGAAUCAAGGCAAACAGUCGCUGCUCAUCUUUUUCAAUGUCUCAGAAGAAGAUUAUGGAAAUUACACCUGUGUUGCCAUGAAUCUAAUGGGAAUCUCCAAUGCCAGUAUUAUCCUCUAUGGUCCAGGUGCAAUGCAUGAUGUGAAUGGAUCUGCCAUGUUUCCAUGUGGCUCUUUAGGCCUCCUCCUUACCACAACAAUAUUCUACCUGCUUAAAUUCUGAUGCAAACAGUGAUCUUCAUGGAUCUUGUAACUAUGAACAAGAAAAACAGACUAUUAGUCCUAAGCAAAGAAUAGAGAACCAACAGGUUCCUGUUGAGUUUUCUUGAUAUUUUUCUUCUGGCUUUGCAUCAGAGUCUAAUCUCUGUUGGCUUGCCAAGACAGAGAGAUGUCAGUUGGAAAGAGGGAUAAUUUGUAAUCAUGCACUAAUUUGAUGAUAGUAGAAAUACAGUUUGUGUGUCCUUAAACCUUUUUUGUAUGUGGAAAGAGAAAUGAAAAAAAAUCUAACUGUUAAUAGUUGACUGUUUAUUGCUCAAUAUUGAAGUGUAAAUUAAGAGUAUUAUAUUUACUGUGUCACAUCCUGUUCAAUAUCUGUACAAUACCAUUAAUUAUUUUUGAGUAAAAAACAAAAAAAGGACAUAAUGCAAUGUGAUUGUUAAUUUUACUGUAUUUUUACAGUUGUUAUGCAAAACAGUUACUGGUCCUUCAUUAUAAACAGCUUCAAAUGAUACAUCAACUCCAUAUUAAGUUCUCAGGCCAAUUCCUAAAGCAUUGGACAUCCCACGUUUUAUCUCUGUCCAAGUGUGUGCAGAAAUUACUGAAGAUGUCUUGAAUUACCAGAGAAAAAAAGCAUUUAUUUAUAAAAAGGACAUCUUUGAUGUACAUCAUCACAGUUUGCUAGUGGCAGCUUCAAGUCUUAUUCUCACUGACUAUUAGAAAUAAGGUUUUUGCACAUAUGUAAGUUUGGAACACUUUAGAGCAAAAACACAGAAUAAAGCCCACCUUUACUCUGAUCAAGACAAGCUGAGCGUAAAUAGCUUAUACCUGUUUGGCCGUAACACAAAUAAUGUUGUAGGAAUCAUUAAAGCUAUCUUUUGGUGGCGUUAGUACUAAGCUGAUUUUUAAGGUAAUGCACUAUAACUAUUAAACAUUUCCCACAAGUUAUUAUUUUUUAUUUUUUUAAGAAUUCAUGCCAGUAUUUUUGAGGACUUAAGGUUUUAAAAGAAACGUCUUUUGGGCCUGUCAAGCUGUUAAGCUUCAAUUUUCUUUUUAUCCUUCCACCUUUUUUAAAUUUUCUUUUGAAAAUAAAAUACACAUUUAUAAGUUCAUUCAAUUAACUGGAUUAUGUAGUUGCCACUAUGGUUCAGUAACUAAAUGCGAAGGAGACGUAUGAGCUAAAUACGCAUCAACAUGCUGUCAAUCAUCAUUACUUUAUCUACUUUUAUUCAGGGAAGAACGCUUUUUUUAUUUGGUGACCUAUUUUCCUACAAAAUAACAUAUUGUUGACUGUCAAAAGUCUGCACUAAGCUUUCAUCCAAAACUCUUUAACACCACAUUAGAGAGGAGAAUGACUUAAAUGAUUCUUCCCUGAAGCUGUGAUGAAGCUGUUUUCAGGUGUUGCAAAUUUGUCCUUUUAACCUCACCCCUGUGCUAAUGUAUGGGUUAAAAUUGUGUUCAAGGUAACAGGAAAGGGACAAAACUGGUGUGUGUGUCUUUAUUGUAGUAUCAUGUUAAGUUGUGUUUUUGUGAUGAUAAUAGUGAAUCAGUCAACUGCGGUCUUAAAUCAUUGAACCGGAUUUCACUUGUAGGCUUUGUUGCUAAAAGCAAACAGAUCAGGUGCAGAGACAUGCUGCAAGUUAACCAUGCACUUAAAUCCUUUUGUUAAAAAAAGAGUUAUUUCAAAGAACAAGCUGAAAUACUGUUGUAUUUUGUGCAUGAACGUAACAUUUUCUUUUAGUUCCUGCAUUAACUUAGUUAUAUUUCAUUGGAGAACAAUUGAGUAUCUAAGAAUACUCAUGGUUGAUUUUUAAAAUAUUCAAUUCGUUUCUUUGCUCAUUUUCAGUUUCACAAUUAUACAUAUUUGGCAACCUGUUUAGUUUAUUUUCUGAUAUACUGGAGACUGAGCAUAUAUAAUAGUCAUUAUUGUGAUUUGCUGUCUUUGUAUUCUUUGAGAGGUUGAAAAGUUGCCCAUAAAAUGGCUAAAUGUUGA